GAAGGAGCGCUGCAGCUGAUCUUCAGCUAUGGAGGCAAUUCCCGCGGUCCUCUGCUGCUUCAAGACGUUCAAUUCUCCGCAGGACGUGGCGCCGAGCGUUCGGCUCUCGCGGAAUUCGAAUUCGAGGAACUUGAAUUCACUGCGGCGCUCGGAGCCAGCGGGCAGGCAGUUGAAAGCUGCACGCGCGCGGAGGCCCGGCUCUGUCGACAGAAGAGCUUUGACCGAGCUCGCCGUCGAGGGCGCGGUUGCGGAGGAAGUUGAAGUGGAAAGGCUCUCGACUUCUGGAGCAGGAGUGGGCGAGAGUGAUGUUUCGGUCGGUGAAUUCAGCUCAGGAAUGCGGAUUUCUAGUGAAGCAGGGAAGGACGAAUUGGGUGACAGGGUGCUGGAAAGUCCAGCGGAAGUGGGCGGUGAGAAAGAAUCUUUGAAUUUUGCGGAAAUUUUAGAAGAUGAAGAAGUGAAGACUGUGUCACCUGAGCUUCUGGCCAGAGAGGUCGCGAAGCGAAGGAAUUUUGCUAUCAUAUCCCAUCCUGACGCAGGAAAGACGACACUGACAGAGAAAUUGUUGCUCUAUGGAGGAGCUAUUCACGAAGCAGGUGCUGUGAAAGCUCGGAAAACUGCACGCCAUGCUACUUCGGACUGGAUGGAGCUCGAAAAACAGAGAGGUAUUUCGAUCACUUCAACUGCGCUUGUAUUUGAGACUCAAGGCCGCCAGAUUACCUUGCUUGACACACCCGGACAUCAGGACUUUGGAGAAGAUACAUAUCGGACACUAGCUGCUGCAGACAACGCGGUAAUGCUUGUAGAUGCCGGAAAAGGUCUGGAACCACAGACAAGGAAAUUAUUCGAGGUGUGCCGUAUGCGUAUGCUUCCUUGUUUUACGUUCAUCAAUAAAAUGGAUCGGCCAGCAUUGGAACCUUUGGAGCUUGUUGACCAGAUUGAGAAGGAGUUCGGACUAGCGACUUAUCCCGUGAAUUGGCCAAUAGGCUCCGGAGAUAGGUUCAUGGGUGUGUAUCAUCGACCUCGGAAGGAAGUUCACAUAUUUUCUAAAGAAAAACACGGAACCAAAGCUGCCACUACUCAAAUUAUUCCCUGGGGUGAUGCUUCUCUUGAGAAGAUGAUUCCUCGAGACCUUUUCGCCCAAUUGGAGGAGGAGAUAGAGUUGUUGGAAGAGUUGUCACCACCUCUGGAUAUGGAAAAAAUUCACAAUGGGGAUCUGUCUCCUGUCUUCUUUGGCAGUGCCAUGAACAACUUUGGGGUGGAGUUGUUCCUAGAGACUUUUCUUCAGUAUGCAGUACCUCCUAGCACUCAUGAAAGUGACAUCGGUGAGGUUGAUCCAGAGUACCCGAACUUCACGGGUUUUGUUUUCAAAUUGCAAGCAAACAUGGACCCAAAGCACAGGGAUAAGGUCGCAUUUGUUCGCGUCUGUUCAGGUCAAUUUACUAAGGGGAUGAAAGUUCGGCUUGCAAGAAACGGCAAAACCAUCGCUCUUACAAGACCACAGAAGAUGUUUGCGCAGGAUAGGACCACAAUGGAGACGGGUUAUGCCGGAGAUGUUAUUGGGCUGAACAAUCCAAAUGCCUUCUGCAUUGGAGAUACACUUUACUGUGGCCCGAGACGAUCUUUUCCUGGAAUACCUUCCUUCUCUCCAGAACUGUUUUGUUAUAUGCGCAAUCCGAAUCCAUCUAAGUACAAACAAUUUUUAAAGGGCGUAACGGAAUUACUUGGUGAAGGGGCUGUCCAGGUAUUGUAUUCGUCUGAUCCAGGGAGAACAGAUCCAAUUCUUGCAGCUGUUGGACAACUACAGUUUGAGGUGGUUCAGUAUCGAAUGCAAGCUGAAUAUGGCGUGGAGACGAACCUUGAGCCCAUAGGUUAUAGCGUAGCAAGGUGGGUCACUGGUGGAUGGCCUGCUCUUGAAGGGGUCGGUAAAUUGUACAACUGUGCAACCGUCAAAGAUCAGUGGGGCCGGCCUGUGCUACUUUUUAGGAACGAAUGGAACGUGUCUCAAUUGCUGGGUGAAAAACCGGAAAUUGGUGAGCUCGCCCCAUAUGCUCUACCUCCCGCAGAGGUCAUCAAGAAGUAGGAAUGUGCCCGCAAUAGUAGUCGUCGUAGUCUCUAGUGACCUGUAUCUGUAAGAACCGCAACUUCAUUAUUUUAUAAUUGUACACUAGCAAGCACAUCUGUAACAAUAAGUAAUUUAGUUAUGGUCUUGAAGCUCAAAAGGUUAGUCACCUAUGUAAGUGAUCGAGAUUCCCAAGAUAGAGUUGACUUCAUCCUAUUUGGGAUCAGCGAGCAACGCACUCUCACCUACAACUAUCAUUUGAAAUAAAGCUGUUCAAAAUAGACCUUAUCAUGAAGAA